UUCCGUCUGGAGUGAUUUGUUUUGAGUUUGAAAGUCUAAAUAGUGCUGAUGCUUUGCUUUUGCUCAGAUGUAUUUGGAUGCAGGCCAGCUUCACAGCAAGUUACUUGCACAGAGACUAAAGUAAACUGACUCUGAGAUGUUUUCCAGGUACAUCAGUGAAGAGGUCUGUCGCCCAUGCAACUUUAAGGAACCUGGAGAGGAGCUAAAAAUACCAUCCUUAGAAAUCAGAAGUGAAUUAGACCUUUGGAUCAGUUUUUGAAAGUUUGUAAAGUUUCAUCAGGAGAAAACUGUUUAUCAGAACUGAAAGAUUUUCAUCCAGCACACUUUUUGGCCUUGAUAUUGCAGAUUUUUUAUUUAUCUAUUAUUAUUAUAAAAUUUUUUUUUUUACAUAUUUAGCUUGUAUUUAUUAAUAAUUUCACAACUGCAAUCAUGGGAGCAGCAGGCUAUGGAUAUUACCGCACGGUUAUAUUCAUCUCAAUGUUUGUGGGCUACAUGCUGUAUUACUUCAACCGAAAGACUUUCUCCUUUCUGAUGCCAUCAGUGAUGGAGGAGAUUGAUCUGGAUAAAGAAGAACUUGGGCUGAUCACCAGCAGCCAGACUCUGGCCUAUGCUAUCAGUAAGUUUAUCAGCGGAGUGCUUUCAGACCAGAUCAGCGCUCGCUGGCUCUUCUCCAUCGGGCUCUUCAUUGUGGGCGCCAUAAACAUCGCCUUUUCCUGGUCAUGCACUGUCAUGCUGUUUACCGUGCUUUGGUUCGUGAACGGGUUUGGUCAGGGUUUCGGCUGGACACCAUAUGGAAAGGUGCUUCGGAAGUGGUUUGAACCGUCUCAGUUUGGGACAUGGUGGGCCAUCCUGUGCUGCAGUAUGAACCUGGCAGGUAGUCUGGGACCCAUCAUCACUACAGUGUUGGUUCAGUACUAUAAUUGGAGAAUCAUCAUGUCCAUGUCUGGGGUGAUCUGCAUGACUGUCGCUGUCGGUUGCCUUCUGACGGUGAAGAACGAACCCAGUGAUGUGGGGUUGCCCAAUAUUGAACCUGGUGCUAAAAAGGGCAAAGGAAAAAAAGGAGGCCCUAAUAAUGAAAGCAGUCUAAAAGAGUUCCUGCUGUCUCCUUAUCUUUGGGUGCUGUCUGCUGGCUAUCUGGUUGUGUUUGGAGUAAAGAUCGCCUGCACUGACUGGGGUCAGCUGUUCCUCAUGCAGGAAAAAGGCCAGUCUGCUAUGAUGGGCAGCUCAUACAUGAGUGCCCUGGAAGUUGGUGGGUUUUUUGGCAGCAUUGGAGCUGGUUAUCUGUCUGACAGGGCUGUGGCUAGGCAAAGGCUGGGUACCUAUGGUAAUCCUCGCCAUGGGCUACUCCUGAUGAUGAUGGCAGGCAUGGCUGUGUCCAUGUACCUCUUCCGUGUUACCAUCACACAAGAGACGCCAGAGGAAGCACCACUAUGGGUUUUGGCUCUCCAUCCAGUUUCAGUCCUCACUGGUGUCUCAGAGAAAGAGCUUUGGAUUUUGAUUCUUGGUGCUGCAUUUGGAUUUUCCUCGUAUGGACCAAUUGCCUUGUUUGGGGUGAUUGCGAGUGAAAGUGCCCCUUCCAAUUUCUGUGGGACAUCACAUGCCAUUGUAGCUCUGAUGGCAAAUGUUGGUGCAUUCAUUGCUGGCCUGCCAUUCAGCACCAUUGCCAAACGGUACAGCUGGGACACGGCAUUCUGGGUAGCAGAGGUCGCCUGUGCUGUAACAACAGUUUGUUUCUUCUUUGUGCGUAACAUGCGCACAAAAAUGGGCCACGUGGCUAAAAAGAUGGACUAAUUCUCCUAUUAAAUAUGAUCAUAUCAGAGAGCCCAGUGAAUGUGACAGCACUCAGUUAGGACAUCUGUACUUAAAGGCACAGUCCACCCAAAAAUUAAACAUUCUGUGAUUAUUUACUCAUCC